UGUGACAUCUGCCUUUCUCUCUCUCUCUCUGUCAUUAUGGAGGUCAGGCAGUGAAUUAUCUGGCAAUUAACAUGCAGUCCAACGAGCUACUAUCUGCUAGUCCUCAUUGCUAGGUGUCUCUGAACCUCAGCGGUAGUUUACCUCUCCACCUCUGGAGGUCAUUCUCACCAGUUGUGGUGGCCAACCACCCAAAACUACCACCUCUCAUCCACUGUCAAGAUGAACUCUUACAGAAUACUACCAUGUGUCGAUGGGAGCAAGAGGGAGACAUAUCCUUGACAACCAGAGAGGGAGGGUCAAAGAGCGACCUGCGUCAUUAUCCCUGAGAGAGAGACCAGGAAUUAGGUGGCAAUAUGCCUGUUGUCGAAACGCUGAGGGCGGCAGUAGAAAGGAGAAGGUGGGCCUCAGGCCAGGAGAAGAAGGGAGGAUGGAGAGAUCUCGAUGAAGAAAAGCGAGCUGGGGAAAGGAGGAGAUAAGUGAAAGCACUGCCAUCAUAUUUUUGGAGUGACAAAUCUAUUGUCGUUUUUAAGUGGCAAACUCCCAGAGGUGGGGUUAGGAUGCACAGAUCAGUGGAGAGGAGACAGAUCACUACAAGCCAUUGGAGAUUAUAAAAAGUUGAGGUCAACUAUUUAAUCACCACCUUUCUCUUUCCCCAGACAGUCUUAGGUAGUAGCCUUUUAUUAGGCUCCUAGUUGAACAUUGACAGGACAUAUUGUCCCGUUUUGACAAUCUGUUUCCAGAGUGAGAGUGACAGGUUAUAUUGAUCUCCCUUUGCCCCCCUUCUCCCUGGUUAGGGGAUGGAUGGGGUGGCGGGAGGUGUUGGGCCCCCUGGCGGGAGUGAGGGUCGGCCGGGUCGUAGUGGAGGAGACUCUAAGAGGCGCAGUAAGGGCAGCCUGCCCUCCCCAGGGUACUGCCUCUCCCAGGCAUCUCUGGAGGGUGACAGGUCAGGGGUCGAGGGGUCCGGUUCCGGAGGGGGGCGACGGCGCCUCUCCAUCUUGAGUGCCACUAGAGACGGCCUCCCCUUCCGUUCAGCUUGCACCCCGACCACCCCUGUCCCCCUGCCCCCUCCUCCAGCCCCCUUCUCUUCCACCCAGCAGCGUUCUGUUGGCUUUUCCUCAUCACGCGCUGCCCUUGCCUCCACUUCCUCCUCCACCGGCACCGGAGUGGUCGUCGUAGCGCUGGGUCCGGAAACCACGACAACCACGGCUUGUAACACCGUGGCGGGCACGCCGGAAAUGGGGAGUCUGUCUGGGACGGGGGGCAUGGGGGGGUUUGGGAUGGGUCUGGACGGGGAGGACUACAGCUACUCCAACCAGUCCACCUUCAUCCAGAGACAGUUUGGAGCCAUGCUGCAGCCGGGGGUCAACAAGUUCAGCCUGCGCAUGUUUGGGUCCCACAAGGCUGUGGCCAUGGAGCAGGAGAGACUCAAAUCAGCAGGGGAGUGGAUCAUACACCCCUACAGCGACUUCAGGUACGCACCAUACACCCCGACAGCGACUUCAGGUACGCACCAUACACCCCUACAGCGACUUCAGGUAUGCACCAUACACCCCUACAGCGACUUCAGGUACGCACCAUACACCCCUACAGCAACUUCAGGUACGCACCAUAUACCCCUACAGCGACUUCAGGUACGCACCAUACACCCCUACAGCGACUUCAGGUACGCACCAUAUACCCCUACAGCGACUUCAGGUACGCACCAUACACCCCUACAGCGACUUCAGGUACGCACCAUACACCCCGACAGCGACUUCAGGUACGCACCAUACACCCCUACAGCGACUUCAGGUACGCACCAUACACCCCGACAGCGACUUCAGGUACGCACCAUACACCCCUACAGUGACUUCAGGUACGCACCAUACACCCCUACAGAUACUUCAGGUACGCACCAUACACCCAUACAGCGACUUCAGGUACGCACCAUACACCCCUACAGCGACUUCAGGUACGCACCAUACACCCCUACAGCGACUUCAGGUAUGCACCAUACACCCCUACAGCGACUUCAGGUACGCACCAUACACCCCUACAGCGACUUCAGGUACGCACCAUACACCCUUACAGCCCUAGGGAAUGGAAAAUAUCAUGCACUCUGACAGUCACUUCAGGUCCACACAGACCAUACAGCCUUGCCAGGGGGUAGGGAGAGGGUGGGGU